CUCGUGCGCUGCUUCGUGAGCACCGUGCAGGGGUCUCCCAUGCAAGAGUUCAGCCGUCACUCCCGUGACACCUCUGGACAUGGGAAGAAGCUAAGCUAGCAGGCAAAGCCAAAGAAGAAGCCCCUCAGAUUCGACUUGCAUGCAGCACUGAAUCCCCCCCACCCCAAGAUACAUACUAUGUCGGAUGUGGAGUGCAGUUUUGACGAUGCCUCAUGCCUCUCUCCUCAGAGUCCUGGGUCCCCGUCACCUACUCGAAAGCAGAAUAAGGAGACCACCUUCACGAUAAACUGUGUAACAUUCCCCUACCCUGACGCAGUGCCAGAACAGCAGUUGCUGAAACCUUCCGAAUGGAGCUACUGUGAUUAUUUCUGGACUGAUAAGAAGGACCCGCAAGGGAACAGCACGGUCUCCGGAUUUGAAAUUCUUCUACAGAAACAACUGAAAGGGAAACAAAUGCAGAAAGAAAUGGCAGAGUUUAUUCGCGAAAGGAUAAAAAUUGAAGAGGAAUAUGCCAAAAACUUGUCUAAACUAUCUCAGAACUCUUUGGCUUCUCAGGAAGAAGGGACUCUGGGUGAGGCUUGGUCUCAGCUGAAGAAAAGCCUGGCUGAUGAGGCAGAGGUUCAUCUCAAGUUUUCUUCCAAACUGCAGGCUGAGGUGGAGAAACCCCUACUGAACUUCCGAGAGAAUUUCAAGAAAGACAUGAAAAAGUACGACCAUCACAUUGCUGAUUUGCGAAAACAGCUGGUUAGUCGGUACGCUGCAGUAGAAAAGGCCCGAAAAGCAUUAACAGAGAGGCAAAAAGACUUAGAGAUGAAAACACAGCAGCUGGAGAUAAAACUUAGUAACAAGACAGAGGAGGAGAUUAAGAAGGCCAGGCGGAAGUCUACUCAAGCUGGAGAUGACCUCAUGCGUUGUGUGGAUCUUUAUAAUCAAGCUCAGUCAAAGUGGUUUGAAGAAAUGGUGACUACCUCUCUGGAGCUUGAGAGGCUGGAGGUGGAGAGAGUGGAGAUGAUUCGACAGCAUCUCUGCCAGUACACGCAGUUGCGACAUGAGACAGACAUGUUCAACCAAAGUACAGUAGAACCUGUGGAUCAGUUGCUUCAGAAAGUGGAUCCGGCCAAAGACAGGGAACUGUGGGUAAAAGAACACAAAACCGGUGAUAUCAGACCUGUGGAUAUGGAGAUAUAAACUGCUGUUCCUGGCCUUAAGUGGCAAGGCCGGUUGGCUCAGCCAAGUUCAAGGGAGUUCUGUAAAGCCCUCGGGAGGCGGACAGGAGAGACAUCCCGCUAUUGGCUUCCUUAUAUAUUUAUUGUUGACCUGUUUGAUCAUGAUUUCAUUACCUAUUGUGCUAUGCCUUAAACAUCACACAUUCCAGGGUUGAGAAGCCGCUCUUUUUACUUCCUUUCAAACAGGCUCCUGUUAGCUGAGCAUGUGCAGCUCUCAUGAUGAACUGUGAAGCCUGUUGUGUGGUAUAAAAGAGUCUUGCUAUUCUGUGAUUGAUUAAUAUGUGCUACUCCCCUUGCAUGAUGCUCUGUUUGUAUGGUAAUGUUAGGCACAGCAAGCCUCCGCCAAACAAAAUGGACUGAUGAAAUUGAACAUGGCUGUGAAAGCAGGGAGAUCCUCCUGAACGUUGCCACUCAAUUAGACAAGAGGGGGA